UUAGUGUUAACUUUUAUAUUAGUGUUCUGUAAAAUGUAAUAGAUCCAUAUCUUGUUUAUCGUAUUUGUGGAAAGUUUACAGCACCCAGCCUGAACAAAAUGGAUUCUGAUGUAAAAGGCGAAUUUCAAGUUGAUUCUAACCAUUCUAAAAAGCUAGCUUUGUGUCUAUUUGAAUUCAGAAAAAAAAAAUUUAUGUGUGACGUUGUUUUAUUUUCUCCUCCUAAAGAGUACUUUGCACAUCGAAAUGUCUUGUGUUCUGCAAGUCCUUUUUUUUUGGAGAUUUUUACAUCAAAUCCGAAUUCUCAACCAACUCUAGGUUCUCGAGUUGACAUAUCAAAUAUCAGUUCUGAGGUAAUAGAAGAUAUUUUAAACUUUAUUUAUUUGGGAGAAAUUUGUGUUAGUGAACAGAAUGUAAUUCAACUUAUUGCUGCUUCUGACAUCUUGAGAAUGUCUAAUCUCAAGGAAAUAGUGUGUAGAUUUUAUGAAAGAAGGUUGUGUCCGUCGAAUUGUUUAUCAAUUGCAUCUUUAGCUGAGAAAUUUAACUGUGAAUCUCUGAGGGAAGCAGCUGAUAAGUUUAUAUUUUUUCAUUUUAUGGAUGUUUGCAAAUAUCAAGAGUUCAAGACACUUACCUUUAAACAAGUUCUUAGAAUUCUUUCUUCUGAUGAGAUAGCUGUAAAAUGUGAAGAAGAUGUUUAUUUUUCAGCAAUGGAAUGGUUUUUCUAUGAUGUUAAAGAAAGAGCGCAAUAUCUUUCUGAACUUUUACAAUCUGUUCGCUUAUUGCAAACAUCUAAAUAUUUUGUGUCAGAUGUUAUUGAAAAUAAUGAGUAUAUUGUUUGUGAUAAUGCUUGUUUAGAUUUUUUAAAUCAAAUUAAAUAUAUAUUAAACUUUCCAGAAAGAAAAAACAUAUUUUGUAAUGCAGUAAAACAUGAACCGAGAAAAGCUUCGGAUUUAACUUCAAUUAUAGUUGCAUUUAGUGGAAAUCAAGAUAGAAUUAGUACUAAUGAGGUUCUUUGUUAUGUUCCUGAAAAAGAUUUUUGGUACCCACUUGUUCCACUUUUAUUUAAUCGAUAUCAAAGUUCAUCUGUUGUUUUAAACAAUGAAGUUUAUUGCAUAGGAGGGCAAAAUGAUAAUGGUGCUAUUAACAGUGUAGAAAGAUUUUCUUUUUCUACUGAUAAGUGGUUUGAGUGUUCUAAAACUCAUCAACCAAUAUUUAAUCAUGCUGCUUGUGUUUUUAAUGGGGAAAUUCAUUUAAUAGGUGGAGAAAUUGAUGGAGCAUCAGUUUCUCAAGUUUUACGUUACUCUAAUAAUCUUGGAAAGUGGAUAAAACUUGCUGAUUUAAAGGUUCCUCGAAAAGCGUUAGCUGUAGCAACUCAUAAAAAAAUAUAUGCCAUUGGUGGCUAUGGUCCAAGUAAUGAAGCUUUAGCAAGCGUAGAAUGUUAUGAUCCAUAUAUGAAUGAAUGGUCUAAAAUUUUUUCCUUAAGUUCACCUAGAGCAGGUGCAAGUGCUGCAUGUGUUGGAAACAAAAUAUUUGUUUUUGGUGGAGAAUAUGCAAUGUGGUCUUAUUAUCGUUCUGCAGAAGUAUUUGACAUUAAUACAGAUGAAUGGAGGAACAUCGCUGAUUUAUAUUUACCUCGGGCCUACAUGGGUAUUGCAACAUAUAAUGAAAGCAUACUACUUGUAGGAGGAAUGGUGUCAGUUGAAGGAGCAGAUCAGUAUGGAUCAGGAAGAGAUGAUGAUGAUGAUUUUGUUGAUGUUACUGAAUCUAAACUUGUUGAAUGCUAUAAUGUUGCAAACAAUUCAUAUAAAAGAGUUUGUUCUCUUCCAAUAGCAACAGCUGCUAUAAAUUGCUCUGUCAUUAGUGUUUCUAAAACAAUUCUUCAAGAGCGUUGUGGUUUCUAGCUGUAUCGUAAAAUAAAUUUCAAUUCUUAAGAAUAAUAUAAAAAGUAUUUUAUACAUAUUGAGAUUGAGUUUUUCUAUUGACAUUUUCUAAAAUUUUUUUAUUAUUUGUCAUAAAUUUGUAGAUUGUUUUUU